AGUAUUAGCUGUGUACAUUUAUACCAAAGUCGUUCUACGAAAGACGAAAGGCUUGAAAAUGACCAUCUAUUCACCAUCACAGUCCGAAAAGAAGCCUGAAAAAGGCACACCUGAACCAGAAGUUGUGACAGAACCGCUGGUAAGACGGUUUAUUUACUACUAUUUGGAUAAUCACAGUAAAUUGCCAUUUUAGAGAUUUAAGAAAUGGAUAGAUUUUCGUCUUCCUAUUUGGACUUGUGAGCUCAACCCUGCCAGCCGCCAUUGUUUUUUGUUUGUCAACACUGCAAAAAGAAGAGGAGUUUAAAUAAAAUAAUGUUCGAUGAUAAAAGCCAAAAUUAAGAAGAAUAAUUUAUUCCCUCUCGUAUUCAAGCCUAGGUCAUCUAGGCAUGAUUAAUUAUUUCUAGUGAAAUAAAAUAAAUUUAUUAAAACAUUUUUUUUAGGCCUAAACCUUCCAUUAAUUAAUAUCAUAUAAUAGGUACUUCAGUUAAAAAACUUAAAAUAAUUUUUUUGAUACUACAGUUAAUUAGAGCAAAUUUCCAAUAAAAAAAAUGAAACCAGAAUCAACUUUUUAAGCUACGAAUUUUUAAAGUGUGAGUUCGUUGGUAUUUUUUACUAUGGACGAAACCUCCACAUCUUGUGACCUCAUUCCGCUGAUCACGUCUUGCGCAAUGGCUAUAUAGUUUAUAUAAGGCAACGCAUCCACUUAUCACUAAAAUACUGUUUAGGGUCGACUUAUUUUAAACUUUCAACUUUGGGACAUGAAUAAUUAACUAAACCUUUCCCUGAUCAAUUGUUUAAUAGUUUUUGGACACGGUAAACUCUUAUAAAUGAAACUCUGAGGUAUUACUACGAUAUAGCCAUUAUGCAAGUGGCUGUGAAUGGUUGCCAAUGACAACGUGUUGCACACGGAAAAAUCUGAUUAUUUAUAAUAUGGACUCUACAGGAUUUUUAAAGCUCAUAUUAAAACAUUCCAGUUUAAAAGUCAAAAUGCAUUCUGAAACACAAAUUAUCAAAUAUUUUGAUGUAAAUAGUGGUAAUAAUUAAAUAUUUCCUAAGUAUCAGCAACUUCUGCCAUUAAAAAAGGGGUGUGGCCCACGCCAUGUCGAAAUUAGGCUGAGUGACCUUAUGGUGAUGUGGGUCACAGGGACAAGCGUAACGAACGUCAGACACGACCUACAUCAAUGAGAGUUGGCUCAAAUAUACUUCAAUAUCUAAUGCUUUUCAAGAUUUAAUAUGAAAGGCCUGUUCUUUUUAUUUCACAAACAAUUUUGUGUGCGAAGAUGCCUUAUGUAAACCAAAGAUUUUCAAAAUAAAAGUCGAUUAAAAAAGCAAAAUUGCUUGGUGGAAAUGUAGGCCAAGAUGUCUUCUAAAGUGAAAAGGCCGAAGCGGAACUCAAUUAUAUGUCAAAAGGACUCAUUUAUCAAUGAAUUGACACGCUCAUUAAAAAAUUUAAAAGUCGGAUUUUACUGCGCCCACGCCUAUUUCCGAUACAAAUUUUGACGUAGUCUCCCUUGCUUUACCACAGUAUCUAUUCAUAUGUAAUAAUUCGGUAAUAAAGCAAUGGAGACUACUAAAAAAUUUGAAUGGAAAAUGGGCGUUGCCAGUCCGAAAAUCCGAGUUUUUAAUUUUUAGAUGUUGGUGCUAUUUCAUUAAUAAAAUAAUAAAUUACUAUCCUACAUCCAACAAUUGUGUUCCUUUUUCGGUCUUUCACUGUAGUUUAGUCGGCUUUAGAGGACAUCUUGGCCUACAUUUUAAUCUAUUUCUUUUUCAUUUACAAUCGGUCAACUUUGAGUAAAUCCUUGGUGAAUAUAAGGCAAUUUUCAUCAUUAAGAUUAAGUCGAAGUUAAAAAUAUGUCAUAUUUAUUACGCAUAUCGGGUAUAUAUUGAUCUACCAGUGUGCCAAUUUUCAAAGCACCAUGUCUUUUAUGAGAGACGCUAUGGUUCUAGGCGUGAGCAGUGUACUAUGUAUGUCGCUCUACCCAAAUUUGCUACGAUGUGACCGCACCCCCUAUUUAAUGGCGGAAGAUGCCGAUACUUGAGAAAUAUUCAAGUAUUAUCAACAUUUAAAAAAAAAAAAUUAUGAAAUAAAGAACAGCGUCUAACCAAAAAACAUAAAAAAAACAAAUGAAUAUUCACCCACCCACCCCAGAACUUUUACAAGGCAAACCAUGGACAGCAGCCUGCAAGAUCGUUUAUCGGUCAGAGGAGGGGAAUCAGUCAGGGUAGUAUAGUUUAAAGAGAUGUGUUUUGAGUGCAGUUUUGAACGCCUGGGUGGUUGGUAUAUUGCGGAUGUGUAGCGGCAAAGAAUUCUAUUGUUUGGGGGCGCAGAAAGAGAAAGAUCAUUCACCAUAUGUUUUAGUGCGUGUCUUGGGAACGGACAGAAUACGCGUGUCUGCAGAGGAGCGAAGCUGUUGAAGGGGUGAAUAGAUAGAAAGAAGUUCUGUUAGAUAGGAAGGGCAGGAAUCCAAGAAAAAGUUGUGACAGAGAACAGACAACUUGUAGUCAUUGCGUGCCUGUAUAGGGAGCCAAUGAAGUGAGUGGAGUAGUGGAGUGACGUGAUCACGUUUUUUUUUUUGCCUUUAGAACUAGCCUAGCAGCUGAGUUUUUAACUUUCUGCAGUUUUUCUAUGAAGUGUUUUGGUGAACCUGACAGAAGAGAGUUGCAAUAGUCAAGACGAGAGAGAACAAGAGCACACACUAGAGUUUUUGUUGCGCUAACUGUUAGGUAGUGGCGUAUGGAGCUGAUCUGACAGAUAGCGGUGUAUGCUGAACCACAAAUGUGAGAGAUAUGUUUAUCAAGAGACAUGUUGUUAGAAAGAAUAUAAACAAGAUUCCUAGCAGAGGGUGUAAACUGUAUGUCGGAGUUACCUACUUGAAAUGAGAUCCCAUAUUACUAUCUCAUUCAUAAGAGCUUGCCGUGUGCAAAAGCUAUUAAACCAUUGGUCAAGGAAAGCUUUACUUAAUUAUUCAUGUGCCUAAGUUGAAAGUUUAAAAUAAGUCGACCCCAGACAGUAUUUUAGUAAUAAGGGGAUGCCUUUUAUAGACUAUACUGUUUACACUGGUAUAAUGGACGCCAUGGUCUUGGUAAACAGAAAAGCCAUAUUUUAAUAUAUAUAUAUAUAUAAAAAAUUACUGAUACCGGUAUACAUAGUGCAUAGUUAAAUAAGUUACAAUUUAUUUACAGACCUGCAAAUCCUUCCAAUUUUGUCAGAAUUAUACAGAUUUUUUACCCCUCAUUCCGACCUACAGACAAACUCCUUAAAAUUCCGAUUUUUCGAACAUUUUAAUCUUUCACUCGUCAUAAAAAUCCUAAAGCGACUAAAAAAUAAUUUAAAAACAAAUAUCGGGUACGACAGAAGUGGUGAAUUUCGAUGAUAACACUUUCUUUGUUUUACGAAGUGUCUACAUGUCCAGCGUCUGGAUGAAUAGGUUAUCAGCCUUGUCAAAUGAGUGCUAAUAGUCUAUCAGAGUCUGCGGUACCGGUACUUCAUUUCAACAAAUUCAAGAUAGUCUGGACAUUUAUCUUAAUUAAAUGGAUAAAUCUAUUGAAAAUGGUGGGUACAAUGAUAUUAAUAAACAUAUUUUAACAAAAAACAACAUACAACUGCAGUUAAAAGCAGUGAAUAUACGACAUCCAUGUUUAAUUUCUUUGCUAAGGAAUCGGACGAUACAGUUGUUAGAUCGGAAGUUUUAUUUACCACCUUUCUUAUUGAAGGAAAUAUUUCUCUAGCCAACUCUGAUCGUUUUAAUGCCGAAGUCAAAGAAAGAUUACUAGAAGACAAUGAAGAAAAAAUACAAUGAAACAAGGGCAAGCAUGAUAUUUGAUUCUCUUUCUAUACUCUUUCUAACUUGCUUGUAACUAAAUCAGUUGCAAUGCUAACCUUCAGUUGUCCAAAGAGCUGUUGGACAAGUGCAAAAAGGCUACGAGGGUUUGCUAAAAAACUGAACUCUUAGCACCCUGUGCACAUAUGUAAAUAAAUUGGACAUUCUGAUCUGUAUAUAUCUGUGUAUAGACAUUUCCAGAAUUAUUUUUCUCAUGUUCUAUGGACUAUUCAAAGACAGUGGAGGUAACUUUAUAUUUCUUCAUACACUAAAAAUGGCUUGUGCAUUAGUAUGUAGAUCUUAAACCAACGCCGUUCCCCCUCUUGGGGCGCCGCGCACACCCCCCUACAGAUUUAUUUUCUUGGCAGGUCUGUAAUUAUAAUUGCAUAACAUUAUUUAAAUUACUUUUUAAUACAGCAUUAAUUCUAGAAAUAAAAGCUGUAUAAAAUUAUCACUUUAUUGCGCAAUGGGGUCACUAAAUGUGAAGGUGUUUGAGUUGAUGAGUUUGUUUAUGGUCUGUUCAGCCGAUGUAUGACGAGAUUUUUCAAAUUUUCCCAGACUCUGAUCAAAAGCAAUAAUUUUAUCAAUCUCUAGCUAAAACAGCACAUUCUCUCUUUCCCCUCCCUAUUUUAGUAGAGUGUGUUUGCACUAUUUUUUAAUUUUUACACAGCCACCAUCUUGUUCUUAUGACACGUGCCAUUGUGGCAACCAAGAUGACGGUUGUGGGAAAUAUGUGGUGCAGAUUGCGUAAAUUUACCCAGGGACCAAAGUUUUAAGUGAAACCAGUGGUGUAUGUAUUCUAAAGGGGCGGCACAAAUAGGUGUGAAGGUGUAAUUUUGGGUUUUCGCAUAGGGCAACAUUUAGUUAAGGUAAGCCUUUGGUCAGGGUAACUUGCAAAGUCUGAAAAAUCACAUUGUGUGUGAUGCUUAAGGAGAAAAAUACUAUAAAUAGCUUUGCAGCUCUCAUUUGAAUCUACUUUCUCAUAAUAAAUUUCUUAAUUCUUUUUUGUCCAAAUUCUCUGAACAGUUCUGUAAUGUAAAUGUAUCACAUUUAUAGCCAAUGGAAAAUUACUACUUAACUUCUCUUAAGGAAAAAAAAAAGUGGCGGGAAAAAAANNNGGGGGGGGGGGGGGGGGGGGAGAGGCCUCAUCGUAUAGGUGACAGGCGAAACAUUUGGCACAGGCCACAUUUCAAAGAGACCUCCUCAACUUUACUCAUGUACUUUCCAUAAAUAAAUACAUGUUGUCUAAAAGAGCGCAUAACCUGACGUUAUGUUCAUACAGAAUUUUAGUUACCUGAAUUAAAUAUGGAAUUUGAAAUCAACUGAAUCCUGAUAUUCACAAUGUGUUCAAACAGGCUGGGACAAUGCUCCCAAACAGGGAUAAUCCUGUCAAACCUAGAUUUUCGGUGAGCCUAAAUACAGACAGGGGUGUUUGUCCAAAAUGUCUUGGAGUGCUGUGUCAUAAGAAACUGUAUUAAUUCAACAUUUUUUAAUGCAUUGGCGGAAAUUGUAUAAAGUUUCCUUUGGACCAGCUUCAUAUUUCUCAGUUCCACACAUUCGUUCCAGUGGCUGCCAUUUCGAUUGAUGUAAUUAUCAAUAACAUUGAACAUUUCUUCAGCUGUUUUCAAAGUAUAUGUUGGAUAAAUUCUUUGUGAGUUUUAUUGACAUUGCCUGAUAUGUGUGAACGUUUUACUCCCAAGGAAGAAAAAGUGUACUCUGUCUCUGUUUGUUAUUUGAUGCCCCCCCCCCCCCCCCCCCAAAAAAAAAACAAAAAACAAACAAAAAAAACCGUGUAUGCUUUUCUUUCUAAUCUGACAUCCAACUUUGUUUUCAGGCAAAUACAUUUUGUAUUUGUUAUAGUUUUAUUAUAGGAAUUAUACAUUUUAUCUAACCAAUAAAUAAAUAAAAAACAGCAUGAAUCUUGUCAAUAAUUAGCCUAACAUUUAAAAAGCUCAAUUUUUAAUGCUUUAUACUUCCAAUUUGUAAAUAUUCUCAUGAAGAACUAACAUGUCUGCUUUAAUUGAAGGCAGAAGCAGAAUUAAUUUUCUAAUAGUAAAUAAAAUGAAAAAAUGACCACCCUCCCCCAUGACUGAAGAUAACAGACAGCAAAUAAUACAGCUUUACUCUAAUCAAAUCAGUCAGCUUUAAAAUUGUUUCUUGGCUUACCUAAAUGAAUAUUUUCUAUUGUAAAAAAGCGCAUCAUUUUGCAAGUAGUUAUUGAGUGGGGCCUAUAUAGUCAUAAUGAAUUAAGACAAAAAGGAUUAAAUAAGUAGAGCGAAGUAAUAAUUUUUGGUUGCAGCUUUUUAAGGAAAAUGUUCUUAAAAGUAUACUUUUGAUGUCUAAACACAUACACUGUUGAUGUCUUAACUCAUACGCUUCCGCAUUGGAUGUGAUGAGAGCUGAAACAAACAUAAAAAAAAAAAAUAAGCAACCCUGAUAUUUUGAAGCCGCCUCCCCUUUGAUAAGAUAAUCUUUAUGACACCAUCCAUUCAGAAAUUAAGAUGUCAGGGUGUUUAUUAAUUGACCUUCUUUAAGUUGGCUUUUGCUGUUCAACUUGACACAGUCGUCGAUUGAAACGUGUGACAUUUGUGUUUUGUUAAAUAAUGUCAAUUUUUAUUCUCAAUUGUAUUAAAAAGGCUUAACGAGAAAGCAAUUUGUUUUUUACAGACCAGCUUCAAAGAUGAAGAGGAAGGAGCCUAUGAUGUUGCAUCCAAGCCUCUGCAGGUCAAUUACUUCCAGAGGAAACGCCGCACAUUUUGUAUUCACCUGUUGUUGACAAUCUUCAUCUUGGUGAUUCUGGCUUGUGGAGCUAUUGGGGCUGUUGUAUUUUACAGGCACCUCAACAAGAAGGUGUGUUUUUUUAUCUGAAUAAAAAGAAUAGUAGUUGGGGGGGGGGGGAAGAAGAGGUUAUAUUUUAUGACUCAAUAAACAAGGUGAUAAGUAGUAGUAACUAUGUUUUAUUCUUCUGCCAUUGUCGCUCACAUGGUUCUUUCACAUGUCAAUGUCCAAAAAAAAAACAACACUUUCUAAAAAAAAACCACACAAAAAACAUUGGGGUUGUGAACGCCAGUGAUUUUUUCGCAAUGUAAUUGGGUGCUUUCUUUAUUUUUGAAGAUACAAUUACAUCAUAUUCAUAUAACUGUUUUCUUAAUGUCAUGUUUCUGCUUUUCUUUUUUACUAAUUUUUAUGAGAAGCGCUGUGAGCCUAGCCCUAGGCUGGCGUACCGCACUAUAUAAGACCACUAUAAUAACACUAUGCAAUGAAGCCUCCUGAUUGUGCCUCUUCUCUCCCCCCUCCCCCCAUUGUUUUUUUUUUAAUUGCAAGAAAUUUAGUCAACUGAUAGAAGCAUUCAGGUGUAACUGUAGUCAUGUGAUGUUUUAACUAUUCAUGUUAUUGGCUGCUCAUCUGCUUAGACCAUUGAACAGGUUUACAGUGGUGUCUGCGGGAACCUGUACUUUGAUGAAUCCUACCACAACAGACUCCCAGAACCCAUGGCUUUUACCAACGACGAGGACUUUUUUGAAGAGAAAAUCGAAUCAUCUGAUGUAGAGAUGUACGAGCAGCUGAUCACGCCCAGCUUUGACGAGGUUCAGUCUCACCUUGUGUGGCACGACUUUAGUCGGGUUAGUUUGAAUCUUUUACUUGAAGAGAUUAGAAUAAGAGCUUCAAUCUCCCAGUUUAUUGCUAACUUUUAACGUCUUUGUCCAUUUUUUGUUCAAUUUUAAAAAAAAUUCAGUGACACCGUUUGCUCUAAAACAAUUUAUCUAUUCAGAUUUAAUUUUUGCUUGACUUUGACUUUUCCUCUUUUCCAUGCCAGAACUACACAGCCAUAGUGGACCAACACAACCAAGUCUGCUUCAUCAUGAAGCUAAACAGAAGCAUGAUUGCUCCUCCCAGAGACGUCAUUGACCUGAUUGAAAAACUCCUGGUAAACACACCUCUAUUCACAACUGUGCCACUAAUCAAAUGCUCAUGAUCUCAUUUCUUUGUUGAAUUAGCCUCUUGAAAACUUGUUCCUUUCCAAAUAAUACUUUUCAAAUUUCUUCUUUUAGUCUGGCUAUUACAUGCCUGGUAAACACACCUCUAUUUACAAAGUAGCCUAUUCACAACUGUGCCACUAAUGAAAUGCUCAUGAUCUCAUUUCUUUGUUGAAUUAGCCUCUUGAAAACUUGUUCCUUUCCAAAUAAUACUUUUCAAAUUUCUUCUUUUAGUCUGGCUAUUACAUGCCGAAGGCGAAGGUCAUUCGAGAAAAUUACCGCCCUGUGCAGCCUCCAAUGGUUGACCUUUCGCCUCUGGGCAGCCGAAUCACCAGCAAGUGUUCAUCUUUUAAAACUUUCUGGUUGGAGAAAUUUGUCAGUGGAGGUAAUUUAUGUCGUGUUUCAGUGUUUGCUUUGUUGAAGUCAUAUUGAAGUUUGCCAAGUAAUGAGUUUUAUGACUAAUAAUAUAUGAAUAUAUAUAUAUAUAUAUUGUUUAAUUACUGAAAUAUCACUUUUGGAAAUGGCAUCAGGGGGCCGUGGAGCUAAAGUUCUUUAUGCCCUCCCCAAAUUAGCCCCCCCCCCCCCAAGCCCUAAUAAUAUAUGAAUAUAUAUAUAUAUAUUGUUUAAUUACGGAAAUAUCCCUUUUGGAAAUGGCAUCAGGGGGCCGUGGAGCUAAAGUUCUUUAUGCCCCCCCCAAAUUAGCCCCCCCCCCCCAAGCCCGAGUAUCGGGCAGCGAAGCAGCACGUUGGAGAUUCCCUUUACCAGGACAGCCCUCACCCGAGUCUGCUCUAUUGGGUUGCGCUGGAGGCUGCCCCAAUCCAAGGACAUUCAGGCGGUCUGACGCUGCGUACUCACAGUGCACACAAUCGACUUUCCCAGGAGUUGGGAUGGUAAAUUUACGUCCUAAUAUCUUCCCCCACCUAUCCCGGGAAGCAUCGGGAUGCCCUUUAAGAUGGUUUCUACGGUGGGUUUCCACCCCGCAACUAGUUUGCGAUAUCACUUUACCUAUCUAGCUGUUACACAUUUUUGGUAGUAGACAUUCUUCCCUGUUACUUAGGUUAUGACUUUUGAAAAAAAAAAAUCGUUACGUGUGUCUUAGAUGAUUUGCUUCCACUUGACACAGCUUGGAUGUAGAUCUUUGGUGCAGUAUUCAAAGGUCAGGAUCUGUUACCGUUGAAACAGCUUUAAGUUUAAGAAAAUGUGACGUCAAGUUUUAAAGCUUAAAAAAAAAGAUGCUAUCCUUGUUGUUGACCUCUUCACGUCUUAUUUCAGUGGUGAAGCGCAGCCUGAAGGAGGUCGUCGAGGACACGUUCUACUAUGGGUGGCCCACCCUUCACAAAGACCAUCCUGAGGUGGUCAAGCUCAUUGUUCACAAGAUUACUGAAACAGAGGUGACCAGUGCUGAGUAGGCGAAAGCCGGCCCUGGGAGUUGCACAACUGAACACCUGUUUGCUACACUUAUCCCCCUUUUUUAAAAAUUUUUUUUUUCCCGUGGGGUUUAAUGGGUUGGGAUUUCAUACAUUCCCCGUUGGAUUUAAUUUUUCAAAAAUGGAUUUUCAAAAGAAAAGAUUGGGUACUCCAAUAACAUUUGGUAAUGAAACUCAAUUUUUCCAGACUCAAAAUUUAAAAAAAUUGAGUAAAUGCAUUCAUUUAUUAAAGUAUGGGGAAAAAAAAAAAUCAAAAAUUAUUUAUUUAUUAAUUUACAUUUAAUUUCCUGAAUCCCUAAAAUCUGGGUUUACCAUAAAUAAGUUGAUAGGAUGCAAUGAACCAGAUAAGAUGGGCGGUUUGAGGAUGUUUGUAUUGAUUUACUUACUGGAAUAUUCAACACGUUUCUGUGUGAACAGUGUUCCCAUGCUGUAAAUAAUGACCGUGAUAGCCAUUGGAGGGCACAUCUGUUGUAUGCAUAUGGUACCCAGACCAUGAACACGGAUGCCUUGCUGGGAGGCAGUUACUUUUCUCUGCCCGUGAUGAAUCGUAGAAGUGAAAUGAAAGUAACUUCAUUCAUAAGAUUUAGAUUUGUGUAUUUUUUUUUUUUAAAAUGUGCUUCGAUUUUAAAAUCGACUCAUUGCUAGCAACAAACAUUUCACUUACCGGUACAUCAUUUUAAAGAAAUAAGAAUUUGUAGCCUUGCUCAUGUUACUUGAAAGAGCUUAUCUCAUGAUUGUUGUUUUUCAAGAUCCAUCUAAUUGUUGAAUGAUAAUGGUUCAUCCUUUGUCAUAUAUUUUAACAAAAAUUUAAAGGUGACCUGCCCACAAAUCUUUUUAUUUUUGGCUUUGAUUUAACCCAUUGUAUCCCCCAUGGUCUCAAUCUGCAUCAAUUAUGAUGUUCCAUAAUUAAUAGUAUUGAUCAUGAUUUAAAAAAUAAGUUUAAAAUUAAAAAAAAUUUUUUUUAGUAAGCUCUUUCUGAAAAAUUUGGAGAUAUGGAGAAUUUCAUUUUCACAAUUUUUCUAUUUUCUUGUUUACAUUUUUUGUUAAGUGGAUCUUUAUUUUGUGCAUGCCUUAUGUAGCUCACUAACUUGUUCACCUUUGUUUACACUUUUUUGCACAGAAAACGAUAUGCAUUUCUAUGUCCUUUACUUGAAAUAUAGUUUUUGGUCACAAAAGGAGUUUUAGUUACGGUGGUAAAAGUUAGGGAUUCAUUUUGGAAAACUAAAUGAAACUAUUCAGUAGCAACCAUGAGUAUAGCUUUUAACCGGUUGACAUACUUUUACUACGUGAACUGUUAAGUGGCUGAUGACGUGAUUUCUAUGAAUAUGAUUUGAAAAUAAAUCUUUCUCAUUAAAAUUAAUUUUGCUAUCAUGAACAAAUGAGAUAAACACUUAAGAUACUUGCUUGUGCUGUCUCAUAGAAGGAAGUACUUUGGUUGAAAUCAGUGAGUCUCAAUCUAUUUACCAGGCCAGUUAUGUAAUUAGCUGUCUUUUUUUAGGUUUUUGUAUUGGAUCUGUGACCAUUAUAUUUGAUCUAUAGCUAUAUUGUUUGAACAAUUAAAUUACUCCUCUGUGAAGUAGAACAUACAAAGUGUUGAAUUUAAGACCUGCGGCUCACAUACAUUUUAAAAUUUAAAAAAGGGGACUCACUGCCCCUGUGUCCCAGUGAAACAUGUCUCUUCCUUGUUUUUUAAAUUUUUUAAAUGGCUAAGUGUUGAUGUUGAGUGGGUUAACACAAGUGGGUUGAAAAUAACAAUGUUAUUAUUUUUCUCAAAAGACACUGACGUAAUAAGAUACGUUAUUAAAAUUUAGGAUGGCCCAUUUUUGUUUAGAAAGGUAUUAAUGAGACUUUUAACCGUAUUAAGUAAAUCUGGAACUAAUCAGAGAUAGGCAAUUGUUAAAAUUCAUUCCAUUGCUGUAUGAGCAAUUUUUGUACACCCCCCUUUUUUUUUAUAGUAGUUUUAAAACUGUUUUUUGUUUUGUUUUUUUUAUGUUGCCUCCAUUUUUAUUUACCAAUAUCAUGUUUUUGAAACUAAACUUGUGUUAGGGAAAGUAUGAUUUAUUCUUACCUCUACAAUAUAUUUUACUAAUAAUUCAAACGAUCCAAGUCAAUAAACUCCCAUUGGUUAAUUGAGCUUUUUUGGUUUCAAACGGCUUAAGUUUCUAGUGGACCUGUUUAUUACAGGUGUUAAAAUAUUUUUGGAGAGCCGACCAGGUAUUAAAAAUACUUUUCGGAGAGCUGACAGUUAUUCAUAUGCAUGUUAUGGGAUCUUGCCACGAAAAUGAACUGUAUAUUAUCCUAGAUGUAUUUUUAAAAAAUAUAUAAAAAUUAGUUAACUUUUUGGUGUCAAACAGUUUAGAAAUAUAAACUGACUUCCUUUACUCGGUUUCAAACAUGGCUAACAUCCAUCCGAGUUAACUAUGAUAGAUAGAAAUUGAAAUAAAAACAAAUUCAUUGCACUUAUCCGACACACAAGUGCAUUAAGGUUUGGCAAAAUGUCUCAUAGUAAAUUUAGAACAUUUGCUAUUAAUAAAAACUUGUUGCUAAUAUAUGUUUAUUUUUUAAAAAUAUUUUUUUAAAAUUUAAAUUUCAGCUUAAAGAUUUUCCCAGGCCUGUUCUUAUGCAUACGCUGACUACGCAUCCGCGUAGGGCGCCGAACGUGAGGGGGCCCUCAUGAGGCACCCUCGAUCCCCCUGUUUUUUUUUUUUAACUGGCACUUCAGCCGUCUGCAGUAGAGGGUGGUGUUUUCUCCUCAGCUCGAGGGAGCUCCACCCCCGGACCCCCCUUUCCGGGGCCCCCAACCUAUGCUCCAUGCUUAGGGCCCACAAACUCCUAAGAACGGCUCUGAUUUUCCCUUAGCUUUCAAGAUCAGCUUUAUAACGCUGUCAAACUCUGUCAAAUAUUAACCUAUCUAACAUUCAAUCUUUUUUUUCAAUAUUGUUUGUAAUUUUAGAUGUUGAUGACAUAGUGCCUGCAGAUCCAACCGCACGAAUCAAAAUUUAUUUCUACAAGCUUUAUUUCUCUGUCCACAUCAAAUUAAGAUUGCUGCUUUGAUACUUGAAAAUGAAAUAGUUUUACUAUUUCAUUCACAUAUCUUGAAUGCAGUCCUUAAAUUAUUAUCUAUUUAUUCUUUGAUACCCGCAGCAGCGAAUGCAGUCCAACUCUGCAUAUUUUAAGAAAAACGAUACAUUUAAAAGCUUGUUACACAAGGUACCAGUACAUAAAACUUAAUUCUUUGUGGUUGCUUCCCUUUUAAUACAAAAAAAAAAAAAAAUGAGAAGUUAGGAGUUCUCUCAAAUAUGUCAUCCACCUAUCUUCCUAGCUUUUCUGAUAUGUUUGUGUAUCUCUCUUGUUUAAGUGUAUUUACUAGAGAAAUGAAAUGUUGAAAGAAAACCGAAACGUACAAAUUAGACAACUUUUUUUUUUUUUUGCAUUUGAGGUUUCCAUUAGUUGCAUAAUUUCAAAAGGAAAAAAUUGCAAACUAUUUAACAAUGUGUAAAAGAAACAAAAUUCAAUAAAUUAUCUACAGUACUUGUU